AUGAAAGCCCAGGACAUCUUGGAGAGUAAGAGAAAAGGUAUUUUCUCUAAAGAGAACAAUAAAGUUAUUCGAGAAAUAAUAAUAAACCAGAGAAGGAUGCGGAAAUAAAGUCCAGCCUUCCAAGCUGAAUCUCCUGCAUGAUUUCAAUAACAAGAAGGGAGUGAAUAUAGAUAACCUUAAAUUUACACGUUAUGUAGAUCCUCCUCAUAUUAAUAAGGAAGGUGAUAUCUCAGUGUCUGAGAAAUUUAAACAGAGAAUCAAGAACACUAAUUUUGAACUCCUCUCUCGAUUUAGUCGGAGUAGAGAAAGUGCCACAGGCUUCUCACAUUACAGAAAUUUGAAGAAGAGAUUUGAUGAUAUUUUGAGGUCUCCUUUGAAGCCCCACCAAUCGUUUCAUAAUUUGAACUCUCGCAAUCAUGAACGAAAUGAUGGCAAGAGACUUAAUCAAAUGAUGAAAUUAUAUUGAAACACUGGGUUUAAAACAGAAGAAAAAGUUGAUCAAGACUGAGGGAAGUCUAAAGACCACCCCUUUUGGACAAAGAGUCAACACAGAAUUUUGAACAAGAAGAAGUUUGAAGAUGAAAAGACAUAUUCCAAAAAUUAUUCUAAAGAUGUCAAACCCUUAGACUUAUCAAAGUUAAGAAGGCCUUAUCUUCCUGAUGUUAAAUACAAAAAAUUGUUUGAGGAUGAACAAAUGUUAACUAACAUUAAGAAUAAGUACUUUUUAUAAAAACUUUUGAAGCCAGAGGAGAUAAAGACUCAGUCGGUGCCAAAAAAGACAAAGAAAUAUGAAAAUAACAAGGCGGAUUAUAACUAAUAAAGCUA